AUGUCACCGAGGCCAGAGUCAUCGUUCAACCAAGAACGCCCUGAACUGCCGCUGAAGCAGUCCUUUCUCCAGCGGUUCUGGGCCAGGAACAAAGGACCGGUCCUCGUCGCUACGUCACAGUUCUUCGGGGCCUUGAUGAACUUGAGCGCACGACUGCUCGAAACAGACGGAGAGGGCAUGCACCCGGUGCAAGUCCUGCUCAUGAGGCAGUCCAUCACAUCUCUCUGCUGUUUCAUGUACAUGUGGUGGAUGUCGACGCCUGGAGGGCCCUUUGGUACGAAGGAUAUCAGGAUCCUUCUCCUGAUACGUGGGUUAUCGGGCUUCUUUGGCAUAUAUGGCAUGUGGUACUCGAUGAUGUACCUCCCGUUGGCCGACUCAACCGUCAUCACAUUCCUAGCUCCAGGCAUCGCUGGCUUCCUCUGUUACUUCCUCCUCAAAGAGCCUUUUUCGCGAACCGAGCAGAUAGCGACCUUUGUGGCGCUGUCUGGGGUAGUUCUGAUUGCCCAACCUCACUCACUGUUCUCGACUACGCCUGAGGACGAGUCCUCCUCGAGCGAGCCUCCCGAGAAAGGUCUCCCGGGGCUUGACCACGAAUCCACGCCCGAGGAACGGCUCGCGGCCGUUGGGGUGGCGCUUCUGGGCGUUCUGGGAGCGUCAGGGGCUUUCACCACGCUACGGAUGAUUGGGAAGAGAGCCCAUCCAUUGAUCUCUGUCAACGCCUUCAGCAUUGUAUGCACCAUCAUCUGCGUUGCUAUGCUUGCCUUGGCUCCAGCCCUGGACAUUUCACAGCCCGCGUUGCGCUGGGUUUGGCCCGCCUCUGCCAAAGCGUGGAGCCUCCUCCUUGCCCUCGGAGUGUUGGGCUUCGUCCUGCAGUAUCUGUUGACUAGCGGACUUCAAGCCGACAAGUCGAAUCGUGCAAACGCCAUGGUAUAUACCCACAUGCUGUUUGCCGUUAGCUUUGACAAGUGGGUGUUUCAUCAUGAGAUGAAUCUGAUGAGUUUCGGAGGAUGUGCAUUGAUCCUGGGUAGCGCCAUCUCGGUUGUCCUGAUGAAAAAGCCGAGUCCGCCAAAGGUAGAUGACGUUGAACGGCAGCACAAUCAUAACAACCUGCUGGGCGAAGGGGAGAGAUCACCCAUGCUGCGCUCUGCGCGGCGUCAAGCUGGCUGGGAGGGAGCUUUCGCCGAUUACAACUUUUUGCACACGACAGCAACUCCACGAAUUCACGCCAAGAUGGUACAAAUCAGCGAGGCCAAGGGCAGCAAGCGCAACAAUCGCACAGCGGCACACACACACAUCCGUGGCCUUGGGUUGCGAGACGAUGGCAGGGCAGAUGCUCAGGCGGGUGGCUUCGUAGGCCAGGGUGCUGCACGAGAGUCAUGCGGCGUGGUGGUUGACCUGAUCAAGGCGCACAAAAUGGCAGGCCGCGGCGUGCUGCUGGUGGGCAAGCCUGCCACCGGGAAGACGUCGCUCGCGCUGGCCAUCAGCCAAGAGCUCGGCACGAAGAUUCCCUUUGUCCCCAUCACCGGCAGCGACAUUUACUCGACCGAGGUGAAAAAGACGGAGGUGCUGGCGGAGUACUUUCGGCGGGCGAUCGGACUCAAGGUCCGCGAGACCAAGGAGGUGUACGAGGGCGAGGUCACCGAGUUGACACCCGAGGAGGCAGAGAACCCACUGGGCGGGUACGGCAAGACGAUCAGCACGCUGUUGAUCGGACUGAAGAGCGCAAAGGGCCAGAAGAAGCUGCGUCUCGACCCUAGCAUCUACGAGGCCAUCCAGAAGGAGAGGGUCACCGUGGGCGACGUGAUCUACAUUGAGGCCAACACGGGCGCCUGCAAGCGGGUCGGUCGCUCGGAUGCCUAUGCGACUGAGUUCGACCUCGAGGCGGAGGAAUACGUGCCCAUCCCCAAGGGCGAGGUGCACAAGAAGAAGGAGAUUGUGCAGAACGUGACCCUGCACGACCUGGAUGUCGCCAACGCGCGCCCGCAGGGUGGCCAGGAUAUCAUGAGCAUGAUGGGGCAGCUCAUGAAGCCCAAGUCAACCGAGAUUACCGACAAGCUGCGCGAGGAGAUCAACAAGGUCGUCAGCAAAUACAUUGACCAAGGCGUCGCGGAGUUUGUCCCUGGUGUCAUUUUCAUUGACGAGGUGCACAUGCUCGACAUUGAGUGCUUCACCUACCUGAACCGCGCCUUGGAGUCUCCCAUCUCGCCGAUUGUUGUUCUCGCCUCGAACCGCGGCGUCUGCACGAUCCGCGGCACCGAUAACAUCAUGGCCGCACACGGUAUCCCCCCCGAUACGCUGAACCGCCUGCUCAUUGUGCCCACUGUGGACUACACCGCCGAGGAGAUCAAGAGGAUUGUCCAGAUCCGGUCAUCUGUCGAGGGCAUCUCGCUCACGGACGCGGCCGUCGACAAGAUUGCGGACCACGGCGUGCAGAUCAGCCUGAGGUAUUGUCUGCACUUGCUGACACCAGCGAGUGUCCUCGCCAAGGCCAGUGGUCGCUCCCAAGUCGACGUACAGGACGUCGCCGAAGCCGAGGAUCUCUUUGUCGACGCCCAGCGCAGUGCGGCGGACAUGGGACCCGGGGCCGGCAAUGAGUAUAUCCAAUGA